AUCUCCUCCAAUUGCCUUCAUUGAAUCAAAAAAAUUUCGAGAUGGGUUUCUCCUUAUCCUCUAAGCUCCUCCUCCUUUUCAUGUCAACCAUUUUCCUUGUCUUUGUUGCCUCUGCUCACGAUUUUUCGAUCGUGGGUUAUUCGCCGAAAGAUUUGACAUCCAUCGACAGACUUAUUGAGCUGUUCGAGUCAUGGGUUUCAAAACACGGCAAAGUCUAUGAGAGUAUUGAGGAGAAAUGGAACAGAUUUGAAAUCUUCAAGGAUAACUUGAAGCACAUUGAUGAGACAAACAAGAAGAUUACAAGUUAUUGGCUUGGGUUGAAUGAGUUUGCAGACUUGACACAUGAAGAGUUCAAGGGGAAGUAUCUUGGUUUGAAGACUGAUUUGGAUAAGCCCAGAAGGAGAGAAUCCUCUAAAGACUUCAGGUAUAGAGAUGUGAAGGAUAUCCCCGAGUCCGUGGACUGGAGACAGAAAGGUGCUGUCACUCAUGUCAAGAACCAAGGUGGUUGCGGAAGUUGUUGGGCAUUUUCAACUGUGGCUGCCGUUGAGGGAAUAAAUCAGAUAGUGACCGGAAACUUGACAUCAUUGUCGGAGCAAGAGCUGAUAGAUUGUGACAAACUCUACAACAAUGGGUGCAAUGGAGGACUCAUGGAUUACGCAUUCGCUUUCAUCGUCUCCAAUGGUGGAAUCCAUAUGGAAGAAGACUAUCCCUACCUCAUGGAUGAAGGCACAUGUGAAGAGAAAAAGGAAGCUGUGGAGGUAGUGACCAUUAGUGGUUAUGAAGAUGUGCCUGAGAAUGAUGAAAACAGCCUUUUGAAGGCACUGGCCCACCAGCCUCUCAGUGUUGCUAUUGAAGCCUCUGGUAGAGAUUUCCAAUUUUACAGUGGGGGAAUUUUCAAUGGGCACUGUGGAGCUGAACUGGAUCAUGGAGUAACAGUAGUUGGAUACGGUUCAACAAAGAACCUGGAUUAUAUCAUCGUGAAGAACUCAUGGGGACCUAAAUGGGGAGAGAAAGGUUAUAUAAGGAUGAAGAGAAACACUGGAAAACCUGAAGGAAAAUGUGGAAUCAAUAAAAUGGCUUCUUAUCCUACCAAGAAGAAGUGAUUGUUUUACUUGCCCAUAUCCCUUUUGUGUUUUUUUUUUUUUUUUUGAAACUCUCUUUUUAACAGUACUAUUUUGGUUUGAUGAAAGUUGAAUCUGAUGUAUUGUUCUCAAUAAAACUAAUCUAAAUUAUGACUUCAACAA